UUUUCUUUUUUUUGGUUAAUUUUUUUUUUUAUCUUAACGAUGCUUACUAGUUGCACCCUUUGAACUGAAGAUCUAGAGAAGCCAGGGGGGAUGUACUGAACUCUGAAUUCGCUUUGAUGGAAUGUUUCUGAGUUUCAGAUUCAAUUGAAUAUAUAUUCGAAGAAAGAAUCAACUUAGUCAGCAGAGAUCGAUGGCGGAGGAGACAGAAACUAGGGUUUUUCUAUCAAACGAACAACAUGAGGAAGAAGAAGAACCAUCGUUACCACGUUCCAUGGUGAUCUCUCUCUACCUCGGCUAUUUUCUUGCUCGAUGGGGUGCAAGAACUUGGGAAUUCUCUGUUGCUCUGUAUAUGAUUUACCUCUGGCCAAACUCUCUGUUUCUCACUGCCGUGUACGGUGUUGUAGAGUCCGGUUCCGCCGCCAUCUUCGGUCCCAUUGUAGGCCAGAUGAUCGAUAGGAUGAGCUAUGUUACAGUUCUUAGACUCUGGCUUGUUACUCAAAACCUCUCCUUCAUUGUUGCUGGUGGUGCAGUCGUUGCUUUGCUAGUAGUUCCUGAUCUCAAGUCUCAGAAUUUCCCUGUUUUCGCAACAUUGGUCGUGUUGACGAAUCUUUCUGGCGCCAUUGGAGUACUCUCUACUCUUGCAGGCACCAUUCUAAUCGAACGAGACUGGGUUGUGGUUAUGUCGGAAGGUCAUUCACCAGCGGUUUUAACGAGAAUGAAUUCGGUAAUUAGGGGAAUUGACUUGAGCUCGAAGCUACUGUCUCCGGUUAUUACUGGUUUGAUCAUUAGCUUUGUUUCUCUUAGAGCAUCAGCUAUCACGUUCGCAGCUUGGGCUACUAUAACAGUGUGGGUUGAGUAUUGGCUCUUUAUCUCUGUGUAUAACGGUGUUCCUGCGAUAGUACAAAGCGAUGAGAGAAGGAGUCUAAGGUUGUCUCAAUCACAAGCGGAAGAGAGGGAUAUUGCAUCUAGUUAUUAUGUUCCUCUUUUACAAGGAACAACCAAAGAUGAGUCUUAUGGGAACACGCAACGUAGAAGCGGGAUCUUGAGGAUUCUUGAUAGAAUCUCUGAGUCCUCUUUUGUUGGUGCGUGGAGGAAUUAUCUCAAUCAAGAAAUAGUGCUCCCUGGAGUUGCUCUAGCUCUAUUGUUCUUCACUGUUCUCAGCUUUGGAACAUUGAUGACGGCGACAUUGGAGUGGAAAGGGAUACCUACUUAUAUCAUUGGUUUAGGCAGAGGAAUCAGUGCUGGUGUUGGACUAGCUGCUACCGUCGUGUACCCUCUCAUGCAGUCCCGCCUCUCACCACUCAGAACCGGACUAUGGUCCUUCUGGUCUCAGUGGACCUGUCUUUUAGUCUGUGUUGGAUCCAUUUGGGUUGAAAAGGAGAAAUUAGCAUCAUACAUGCUUAUGUCUGGAGUUGCUGCUUCUAGGCUUGGUUUGUGGAUGUUCGAUCUCGCGGUAAUCCAACAAAUGCAGGAUCUUGUCCCGGAACCAGACCGUUGUGUGGUUGGAGGUGUACAGAACUCGUUGCAAGCGGCUCUUGACUUGAUGGCUAAUCUUUUGGGUAUUAUUGUAUCUAAUCCUAAGGAUUUUUGGAUGUUGACGUUGAUCUCAUUUGCUACGGUUUCGUUAGCUGGAGUACUCUACACAAUUCAUCUCUACCGUGUCCGAAAGCAUCUAUUCCACUUCGAGAAGAUUCCUUUAUUGAACAACUGUUUUGUUUCAUAAAAAAUGCACAUCCAUGUUUAAGAUGCAAAAAUAAUUGAACUAGACGACAUGUUGUAUAUGAAAUUGUUACAAUGACA